AUAACAAUACCCAGACCUUCAGUGGCAUCCACACAGUCUGCUUCAGAGAGCUUUCAUUAUGGCCACCAGCUAGAGAAAAGAGAGCAGGAUGCUCAGUCUAUGGAACACACCGUGGAACUUUCCUCUCCAAAGGAAAGUUUACCAGCUUUGGUUGUGACAGAAGAUGCACUUCCAGCUAGUGCCAGCAGACCAGAUUUGGUACUUAAUAUCAGCCAAGAGGUGCUUGACAGCGAAGGACUUGUCAAAGAAUGUGUCAAUGCCCUGGACUGUGGCCAAAAGGACCUAUCUGAACAACAUAGUGGAAUACAGGAUGAGAAAGAACUUGAAAAUAUUCCUGUAGAGGAUGCUGAGGAAGAAAAGCUUCCAGUGGUUUCUGAGGCUGCCAUUGAAACGCUAAGCAAAGAACAGAAUUCUUUGCAAGGAAACUCAAAAUCUGCAGAGGAAGAACCUCUAACGAAUACUGAAGCUGCUGAAGAAUCAAAGCCAAGGCCCGUCUGUUUGGUGCCAAAUCAACAUGAGGUUCUGAAGUCGAUAGCACCUAAAACAUCAGAAUUUUCUCCCUCAAGACUCACCAAACCACAUGUUAAUAGACAGGCAAGCAAAAUAGCACCAGUUCAGGAAAAUGGUUUUCAUUCUAAUAAGGAAGAAGUCCAUAUCCAAGACUUGAAAUGCCACCAAGUGGCCCUUACUACUUUUUUGCACCAGGAGGACAAAAAAGAGAAAAAUGCUCCCAGAAAUGGAGAGUUAUUCCACUGCAUUUCAGAAAAUGAGAAUUCUCAUCGAUCUAAGAAGGACUUAGUUAAAUCUCCUUUUGUAUUCCGGCAGAGCCGAAUCCCAGUGUUAGCACAAGAGAUAGACUCAACAUCAGAGUCCUCUUCUGUUUCGGCAAAGGAAAAGCUUCUUCUAAAAAAGGCCCAUCAGACAGACUUGGUCAGACUACUUAUGGAAAAGAGACAGCUCAAAUCUUUCCUUGGUGACCUCUCAAGUGCCUCUGAUAAGUCACUGGAGGAAAAAAUGUCUGCUACUCCAGUACCGUUUUCUGAGGAUGAUGUCUUGUCCUCAUUUUCUAGAUUGACACUGGACUCUCAUUUCAGCAAGCAGACGGAAGAUAGCUCUUUAUCUCCAAGCAGCCCUCAGUCCAGAAAAAGCAAGAUUCCAAGGCCAGUGUCCUGGGCAACCACUGAUCAAGUCACCAGUUCAAGUUCAGCUCAGUUCUUUCCUCGGCCACCACCAGGAAAACCACCUACUAGACCUGGGGUAGAAGCUAGGUUACGCAGAUACAGAGUCCUAGGGAGUAGCAGCUCGGACUCAGAUCUUAUCUCUCGUCUGGCUCAAAUCCUACAGAAUGGAUCUCAAAGACCAAGGAGUUCUACCCAGUGUAAGAGUCCAGGAUCUCCACAUAGUCCAAAAACACCACCCAAAAGCCCUGUCAUUCCCCGACGCAGUCCCAGUGCCUCUCCUAGGAGCUCUUCUUUACCCCGUACUGCCAGUUCUUCUCCGUCCCGGGCUGGGAGACCCCAUCAUGAUCAGAGGAGUUCAUCCCCACAUCUUGGGAGGAGUAAAUCACCUCCUAGCCAUUCAGGCUCCUCAUCUUCUAGGAGAUCCUGCCAACAAGAGCACUGCUACAUCAAACCGAGCAAGAAUGGUCUGAAAGGAUCUGGCAGUUCCUUCCACCAUUCCCCAAACACUAAGACUCCCACAGGAAAGAGCAAAUCGACCACUAAGGUUAGCAGAUAG